AUGAUACUCGCUCAGUCCCCAGUCUUCGUCCCCAUGUCGCCCCCAUCGAUCCAUCGCCGUCACCCAUCCGCACCCCCAGCCGUCGUCGUACAGCCAACCAAAGUACCAGGCAUCCUCUCAAUAUCAAAGCCAAGCAGGCCUACUCGUCCACAACAUCAUCCUCUGAGUCAUCCUAGGCAGCACCGCUCGCCCAAACCGAAAUCUCCCGCAGGGAAAACACAGCCACCGCAGCAGGAUCCCCGCCCUGCAACGGACUCGUCCGCCAAGUCCACCCCCGUGAAGCAACCAUCAUCAGAGGCUGCUGCAGUUCCCACAGUCGACAGGACGACGACGGCACAUCCCAGUACUCCCGCCGCGGACAAAUCCGCACGAGACACUCAUGGACGACGAAACAACGUCAGGCAACCCUCUCCUCCACUACCACCAUCCUCGCAGGCAGAGGGUACAAAUCUUAUUCCCCCUCAGUCAUUUGCCCGCCACACUAAGAACUUCGCCUCAAACUCCUUCGACCCUUUCCUCACGAGUUCAGACUCGGACUCCGACCACUCUCGUGCCUUCAACAUGUCUUCGCCAGCCAAAGUCACCCCUCCCAAGUUGUCCGCCCAACCCUCUGGAAAGCUCGCUCGUCGUAGGAACCCUCCUACGCCCAUGCCAGUUGCCAAAGCUGUCCCAGUGCCGCGGUCCAACACCCCGCACAACCGUCACUCUCUCUCCCGCUCGGCACCCAGCCAUUCGAGCGCACCUUUGCGCCAGACAAGGCUCGCUUCUGCCGGUGCUGUCGCUGAAUUCCCUGUAUGUGACGACACCACCGACGCGGAGGAUAAUUCCCUCCCCACAACGCCUACUCGGGAGAGUACGUGGCAAUUAGGGUUUGACGGCCCUCGCACGGCGCCAUUAGCCACGCCACAGCGUUACCCCUUUGGUGGCCUCACCGGCGCUUUACCACCUUCCCCGACUCGCCACCGUCGCGCGCCGAGCGAGGGUGUCUUCAAUAUGUCCUUCGACGAGGAAAUGUCUCUUUGGGAUACCUCUGAAGAGCUGAAACAGAUGUCAGGCUCCAGGCAGUUUGCUUCAGUUGGGCACAGCUUUGUCCGAGCUGGCCAAGACAAGUCUGGGUUCUUUGCUAGUUCUGUCUUCCAGAACGCUCCAAGUCCAGACGAGCUCCCCCCACCCGCUUUCUGA